AUGCUGACCGAAUUAGACAAACCUUCCGAAGUUCAGGACUACGCAGUAUCGAGAUAUGCUCUUGUCCCCGCAGUCCCUCCGGCUCUGACUGCCGCCGGCGCAGGAACAGAUGAGGACGAGGCAAAGGUCAAGGCACUGAUGCAGCGUUGGUUCAAUUACGUCUGUAGCAAUGAGGUGUUAAUGAGAGACGACGAGAUGGUGCUCUUUGUAGAGAGCGAUUUCGGCUACAGUCCGAUGGUCAAGAAGAAGCAGCCUGCGACAGGUGUUCGACGAAAGAUACUGAAGCAAUUUGCUCCUCCACCGGAUGAUACUCCUGAGCUACAAGAAGCUCGCCCUGUUGUCAAACUAUUCUAUCUAGGUACCAUGGACGCUGGACACAAAGUUGACAAACUGGUGAAGACCAGGCGAGGAUUGGGUCUUGCAGAAGCUGAUUUUGGCGUCAAGCUCGGAGGCAUGAAUGUUCAAGAGCCACACCAAGGGCUCGCUAAUGCUUACCGGAAGCUCGGAAAAGUGGUGCAGACUGUUGGAGACUGCCAUGCUGCCCAAGCUACUGCAGAGGCAGCAACCAUUGGCGAUCCUUUCCAAUAUCAUUCGUCGGAUGCAUUCAUCGUCAAGGAGACCCUUACCAAUCGACAGAUACUGACUCGCGACUUCUUACAAGCCCAAGAAAACACCAGGAGCAAACUAAAUGCUGCUGAUCGCCUUAAAGCCAGCUCUAAUGUUCGCCGAGAGAAGGUAGACGAGGCUAUUGCAGCUUUGGAUGAAGCAAAGCAGAACGAAUCUUACCUAUUCCAGACAACCACAAGAGUUACACAGAACCUUGUCCAAGAGCGGCGCAAGUGGUUUGCGAGGACGGCAGCGGACCUGCGCACGAGCAUCAGGGAGUAUGUACUCCGAGAAAUCGAGGCUGAAAGGCGGACCCUGGCUCUCUUAGAAAGCGUCCGCCCCGAUGUUCGAGCCAUCGAUGCAUCCGGCGGCCUUAGCCGACUUGGUCGUGAGUCUCAUCCGGUAGCACGGCGUACCAGUCUCGCUGCUAGCCAAGGUCCCAAAGGUGAUUCUUGGAGCGGUGUACCUCGACGCACGGAUGCGCUCAAUCGCAGCGUCUCUGGUAGUUUUGUAUCAAAUGUUGCGGAGGAAGCAGAAAGAGAGGAGGAUAGCAACCGGGCUCCCACCAGUGGCCUACCAGGAGUCAGCGAGGAGGAUGACGAAGACCGCAUCGAUGCCCGAAAUGCGGCCAGCCGAUUGGCUACAAGCACGUUUUGA